UGAUGAGUGAAUUGGAUUAAUAGCAAGCGCCAAAUCAAUUUUCAGCAAUCAACACAUUUUUGUUUCAAAUUCAAGUGACAAAGUUUUGUGUAAUCAUGAUUAACAUUAUCACGAUAUGGGUUCUAACGAUUAUUGCGUGUGCACUGAGUGCCGAAGAAAACGUCGGAUUCAGUAAGCGGGGCCUCAUGUUGGGUUGCCACAAGCGUGUUUUCACCUACCGUGUUUCACAAACGGACAGUAAAGGGCGCGAGUGCUGGGAUCAUGUUAGUGUUUGGUCCUGUUAUGGGCGGUGUGAUUCAAAUGAAAUCUCAGACUGGCGAUUCCCGUACAAACGGUCUCACCAUCCGGUAUGUGUGCACGCCGGACGAACACGCUCAGUGGCUACACUGAGGCACUGCCACCCGGAAGCCGAUCCAGAGGCAAGGAUGUACGAAUAUAUGGAACCGAAGGCGUGCAGCUGCCAGACUUGUACCAGUAUGGAUACCAGUUGUGAAGGGCCGAAACAACUGAACACAGACGCGGUGACAAAGAUUUUCCAAAUUGACGAUGAGGAAACCGAAAAUGAAUACAUAUAAAUUUGCAUUCUUGGUGUAAUAUAUGCAAUGGUGGCCAACAAUAUAACAAAUUGACGAAAUAAGAUAUUUCUGCU